GCCGGGACGGGACCGAUGUGGCGCAUGCGUGGUGGCGCCACCUGGCGCGGGAGCUGUGGCGGCGGGGAAGGCGGCGGGGAGCGCCGAGGGCAGGGCCGCCCGGGCCGGGCUCGUGGGGGUGGCGGCGGCGGCGGCGGCGUGGGCUGGCGAGGCCGCGCUGGUGGCGCCCGACAGCAACUGGAGGAGCGGUUCGCCGACCUGGCGGCGAGCCACCUGGAGGCCCUCCGCGCGCGGGACGAGCGGGACCGACAGAACGCGAGGCUGCGCGAGGAGAACGCGAGGCUGCGGCUCGAGAACCGGCGGCUGAAGCGUGAGAACCGGAGCCUCUUCCGUCAGGCCUUGCGGCUCCCGGGCGAGGGAGGCGACGGGGCGAUCGCGGAGGGGACCAGGGCGAUCCCCGGCCCGGAGGAGGUCGGCACGAACAGGAGGGCGAGAGGCGGUGGAGCCCCCGGCGACGAGCCUGGCAGCCCCAGGGCCCUGAGGGCCCGGCUGGAGAAGCUGGAGGCCAUGUACCGCCGGGCCCUGCUGCAGCUGCACCUCGAGCAGCGGGGGCCACGUCCGCCGGGGGACAAGGAGGAGCAGCUCCUGAGCGAAGCCGACUGUGACCUCCCAGCCGCCAAGCCGAAACCCCCGGAGCCUGGGCUGUAGCCCCAGGCCAGAGCCGGAGGGGGCGUGGCCUCGCGUGGGCCCCGCCUCUUCCCGCGAGCGCUCAUCCCGGGUCAGGCUAGGCUCCUGCCAACUGGAGACUGUGGCGCCCUCCGCCUGCGGUUCAGGCCUUGGGACACUUCCGGGAUGCCAUUCCCUUUUCCUCCCUUGGAGGUGGAAAAGGGGGCGGGGCCUCCUGUGAGCCUUUGCUGCCUGGAGCACCUGCCUCUCCCUGGGUGGUUUCCCUGAGAACAGACCUCCUAGCAUGGGAGGAGUGGCCAACCUGGAAAUUUCUGAGUGUUGUAAAAGACAUGUUGCAUUUUCUUUGUUUUCAUCCCUGGAGGGAUAAUGUGUGUGUGUUUUGAAUUGAUUGUUCAUUCUUCAGUCCCCCUAAUACCUCCACCCAUUACCUCCUGUGUGACCCAGCAUUUUUAAGGAUUUGUUUUUAAAUCGGUAUUACUUGAGUAUCCUAGAAAGUACCACCUUUACAUUUAAGAAGUUAAAAUUUAUAACUUGGGAACGAAUGUUUGCCCCUGACCUAGUCUUUGUAUUUUCAACAUACAGGUUUAUUUGCCCCCAAAGGAACUUUUUUUAAGUAUCUUACUACAAGUUAUCAUUUGAAUUGAUAAAUAAAUAUUUCAUUGAAAGAAACAAAAACAUUCUGUGACUUAUUUGAAGGGUUAAUUUUUCUAUAAUUUAAUAUACACCUUUGUAUGCAUUUUUACACAUUUUAAAUAGCUGACUUUGGUUAUCCUUUGUAAACUAUCAUUUUCGUCAUGUGAUUGUAGGUUUAAAGAUUUGAUAGUCUAAACCUUUUUAUUACACUUCAGACUUGAUACUAUGAUCAAUGCACGGCUAUUUUGCCCUAGUUUGACUGUACUUUUUAAGUUAUUUGUAUAUCCAAAAAGUGGUUAAAGUCCCAGUUGUGACUUUAGUAGCAAGAAAUGUGAUAAUUUUAGCAAAUGUUUCUGACAUCACUUUAUUGUACUUUGUUAAUGAAGAGUACUUCAGCUACUAAAGAAGAGAAGAGGAUGCCAUUGCAUUUUACUUCAUUAAAAAUUAAGGAAUGGAUUUGGAGACAGCACAAUGGUUAUGCAAAAGACUUGCCUACCUGAGACUCUGAAGUCCCAGGUUCAUUCCCAACCACCACUAUUAAGACAGCAGUGUUCUGGUGAAGAAAAAGGAAAGAGAAGAGAAAUCUUGAGUAUAAAGAGUGUUUAUGGUGGGGGUAAAUAGCAUAAUGUUUAUGCAAAGAGCUCUCCUGCCUGAGGCUCCAAAGUCAUAGAUUCAAUCCCCCCUACACCACCAUAGCCAGAGCUGAGCAUUGCACUAGUAUAAAUUAAAUAGGUUUUUUAAAAAAAAAAAAAAAAAAAAAGAAUAAUAAUGAAAAAUGUUUAAGUAUUGGUAAACACUUUAAGUUAAAAAAUAGGAGAUGAAUAUUUGUUAGAGCUAGAAAAAGUUUCAUUUUUUUUAGCAUGUAUUACAAAACGAGCUGAAAAAGAUAAUUUUGUGAGUUUUCUCAUCCUGGGUUUUGAAAACAGGAUGCAUUUUGCUUACAAGUAGUUGAUACUUAUUUACACCUAAGUCUUCCCCUAUGAUAGGAAUAUAAGAAACAUGGUGAGAAUGAGCAUUUCUUUAAUUUUCUAAUAGUGAAUGAAAAUAAUUUUGUAGUGGGAAUUCAAAUAUAGAAAAAGAAACAUGGGCCCUGUUACUUAACUAUAAGUCAAUGUUAACAUUUAUCAUUCUAAAUCUCAGUUUACUCAUCACUAAAGUGAACAAGACAUCUACCUCAAAAUACAAAAAUUUACUGAGACCUCGUAUUCAAAACAACUGCUUCAUCCACAUGGCCCAAUCAGUGAGAAUUACAAUUCAGAAUAUGAAAAUUGUAAAUACAUAUUUUACUGGCACUUUCCCUCAUAUUAUUCCUGUGUGACCAUAUGAGUAUUGACAGAUAUAUAUAUAUUUUAGUGAUUAACUUUUUUCACUCCUAUGAGCAAGUAAGAUGGUAAAGUUAAGGUGGUAAAGUUAGAUAUAAUAAGUGAUUAUGCAAAAUUGAAAUUAUUCAACAAUCAGAUACUUUGUUUAUAUUGUUUUUAACACUUUUUUUUCUUUAUGUAUACUCUUAAGUAUAGUGAAAACAAUUUUAAGUAGAGAGGCACAUAAUCCAAGAUAAGGACUACUUUAAGAGUACGAUUUCAGAGUUAAACAUUCUGAAACCAGAAGGAUCCAUUAAGUUCGAUAAAGCUCAUUUAUUUUCAAAUUUAUUGGGUUUCCCUGCUGGUAACUGGUAAAGCAUCAUGUAGUAGUCAUGAAAUAUAUGUUGUAGUAUAUCAAACUGGGUAUGUUUCAAAGAGUGAGUGAUGUUGAUAAUGAGAAAAGUUUUAUCUUGGAUUUAGUUUGCUAUAAAAUAAAAGUUCUGAUUACCACACUUUGUUUAACAAUGCCAGCUUAUUUUCAUAAUUUCAAAGUUGUUUUUCAAUGUAAAGAAAGUUUAUGCUUUAUAGAAAUGAACAACUGAAAUAUAUCAUUUGUCAAACAUUC